AUUUGCAUAUGGGCUCCAAUGCCUCCGCCUCCCAGGCCAUGGAGCUCGAGGAGGUUGCCCGCAUGCUCUCGCCGUGCGGCUUCGACGUGAUCAUCGUCUGCUGCUCGAACCAGGCCGCCGAGAACUACUGGCAGGCGCGGCUCGAGCAGACCGUCGUGCAGGUGACGGGCACAAAUGCAAAGGUGGUCGCGGUGCACGAGGACUGGAACGGCGGCGCAGGCAACGGGCUGGGCACGCUGUACGCCUACCAGAAGGCGCGCGACAAGGCGAGCCGCGACGGAUUUGACCUCGACGCCAAGCUCUCAGGCGGCGCCUCGGUUGCGCUUUUCCACACCGCUGGCAAGGGCACGCGGCUCGCGCCGCUGCCGGGCGCGGAGAACAACAACAAGCCGGGCGUGAAGCUACCCUCGCUCCUCGAGGUGGGCGGCGCCGCGCAGCCCCUCACUGUCCUCGAGGCGGUGAUGCGCCAGACGUCGUCGUACGCGCCGUUGCGCGGCGGCCGCAUCUCGGUCUUUUGGGGCGACCAAGUCUUUGUGCCGUCGGCGGGGAUACAGCCGUCGACGCACCCGGCGGAUAUCCUGGCGGCGCUGCGGCCCAUGCCAAGCAAGGCCGAGUGGGAGGCGGGGCAGCUGCACCAGUACGGCCUCAUCGCCGUUGGCACGGCCGGCGACGCGACUCAGCUCGAAAAGGUGGACUACGACACGGCGAAGGCGUACUUGCCGCCGGACGUCGAGCGUGUCGGAACAUCGCUCGGCUCCUUCUCCCUCUCCGCAGCGCUGCUCGCCGCCCUGAUGGCCGAGUUUGCGCCCGAGCUCGCCGCCAAGUGCGCCUGCCUCGACUCGGACCCGCACUUUUGGAUGCCGCUCACCCUCCAAAAGGAGGACUACCUCGCGGUGAUGGGCAAGAAGGGGACGCCGGCCGGCGAGGCGGCGGCGCACUACGCGCGGAUGGCCGCUUUCGCCGCCAAGUUUGCGCCGGGUGGCGGGGGGAUCCUCGGCUGCGUCGAUGUGGGCGCAAAGGCGCUCUGGUGGGACUAUGGACGCCUCGAGCUCUACCAGACAAACAACCUGCACGCGGCCGAGGAGGGCCCCUCGCCGCACGCGCUCCGCACCUUCCUCAAGCUGCAGCCGCAAGGCGCGCCCGAGUCGGACGCGUCUGGACGGCAGCAGCGCAACCAGCUCGGCGCCGGCCUGACCGUGCACCCCUCGGCGGUGGUACUCAACUGCCGGAUCGGCUCGGGCACGAUCGGGGCCGGCUGCGUGCUUGUCAACGUGACGGCGCCCGAGGUGGAGGUGGAGGCCGCCAUCCUGAUGAGCGUGACCAGCGCCGGCCCUGUGCGUGGCAAGCGAGGCGUCCUCUACAACGUCGUGCACGAGGGGUCGGAGCCGCUCUCCGCCGACGCCGUGCGCGCCGACGUCUUCCAGCCCGGCGGCAAGCAGAUUGUGGUCUCAUCGAGCAUCGAGACGGACGGCGGAAAGGCGUGGAAGGUCACGCUGCCCGAGAACGCCUUUUCGUUCGAGGAGGUCUACAAGCAGAACCAGAAGCUCGACGUGAGCGAGUGCCAGGCCUUGGGCGCCGCCGCACACAAGCGCGUGGCGCAGGCGCUCGAGACGCUCGAGAGGCUCCCCUGAUGGUCCAGACUCUGCCGGAAGAAAGGAGGGGCUGAAUCUAUGUGUGAUUGCCGGGCGGCACCGCAAUGCGUGUGCUGAGGCGGUUUCAAUUGGGCGGUUUGCGGAGGGGAGCCGGAGGGGGGCGAUGGCGCGUGACAUCUGUGGUUGUGCGUGCGCGCGCGCCGACGUGUGACGGCCCGUGACGAUAAAACAGCGCACAUUUCUGUGUGAUGUUCCACGCAUUGUGCUUUGUGGGGGUGAACCUUCUCUAUUUUUGUACUGGGCUGGGUU